AUGCACAUUCUCUCAGUAUUGAUGUACUUACUAGCAGCGUUCCCUUUCGCAGCUGCUAAUUCAACUGGCAUCAGCCUCUACACUGGGGCCAAUGACGGGAAUCUGACCUCGCUCAGGUUGUCCAAGUCCGGAGAAGGAUUCAUUCUCGAAAAGACCAGUGUCCCCGGCUCGUGCGGCGAUCAGCCGGUCUGGCUGGACUUGGAUAAAGCAAACAACGUGCUGUACUGUCUCAACAGGCCGGGUUCUAUUACCACAUAUGGGACUUCCGAGAGUGGUGAGCUCAGCGCUCCGUUGGACACGGGCAACACGACUAUUGGUCCGACACUUUUGUACCCGCCGCCCGAUCCAGUCGGCCCUGAUCCCGCUCAAAACGUCUCCCAUUGUCACGAUGUGGUUGUGGACUUCACUGGCACCUAUUUGGUGGUGCCUGAUUUGGGACAUGACCUGCUUCGCGUCUAUACCUUUGACGCAAAUACCAACAACCUCACUGAAAUUUCCACCGUGCCGACCGCUCGUGGAGCUGGUCCCCGCAAUGGCCUCUUCUGGUCGCCCGAUCCAAACUGGCUCGAGAACCGCUCGGCUCCCCUUUACUUCUACGCACUGGCGGAACUCGACGGCACCAUCACUUCGUGGAGGGUGCCAUACCCGGAAGAAGGAGGUCUUCACUUCGAGCAAGUUGAGGUCAUCAAUUCUUACCCCGGGCCCACGAACACAAAUGUGGUUCCCGCCGAAAUUGAGCUUUCUCCUGACAACAGGGUCACCUACACCUCAACCCGCAACGACUCCUACUACGACAUCCCGGCACUGAGCCCGGGCAACUCGAGCACCGACGCCUCGGACUCACUCACCGUCUUCGCCCCGCGUGAGGACGGCACCCUGGAAGUCUUGCAGUACCACCCCGCAGGCGGCCUAUGGCCUCGACACAUCAAGCUCAACGAGGCUGGGGAUCUGCUUGCCGUGAGCUUGCAGAAUACGCACCGUGUGGGCAUAACCGAGAGGGAUGUGGAGACCGCGUUGCUCGGCGACUUUGCCGCACAUGUUGACGCUGUUGGUGAAGCAGUAGUUACUUUAUGGGAUGAAUAG